AUGAAGUUUGCAUCUUUGAGUAAUGGCUCCUUUAAAAGAUUAAGAGAAACACCGCCGGUGGAUCUCAGGCCUAGGAAGAAAUCAAGUCCCACACCAUCGGAUUCCGAAUCUGACAAUGAAAGUAAUGUGAAUAACAAGUGGAGAAAUUCAUUAGAUCAAGUUUUCAAAAGGCGAAAUACUAGUAAUAAUCUGGGUCGUAAGCGACGUUGGAAGAAUAAAGGUCCUUUUGUUCGAACCGCUCAAAAUCCCCCAUCGCCAGUUAAUGUAACGCCUGGUCCAACAUCAGUUAAAAAUGGUCCUCGUUGGGAAGAUGCUAGAAUUGAUUCCGUAAUUCAAUUAGCAACCAUUUCACCCUUUAAUGAGGAAAAAGUAACUAGACAUAUGGCGGAUUUGACAUUGGUAACACCGUCAUCACCAACACCACCGAUUGCGCUCCCUCCAACAGUGAAGCCCCAUCCAAUUUUCCAAAUGCCAGAAAUUGUUGAAAACAUUCUUAGAUUUGUUAGCGCUUAUGCAGAAAUACCGAGAGAAAAACCUUACGCGAGACGUAAACCUUUGUCAUUAGAGCAUGCUAAAUUAAUUUACAAAGAUGAGAAGAAAGCCAUGGAGGUUUGGAAUAACAGGUCUCAGAUAGGCGCUCACAACAGCAAUGGAGACGGUAAUGAAAUGAUGGGAUCUGUUAUGUAUAACUGUAUGAUGGUUAAUCGAUUAUGGUUUCAUGUAACUUUGGAAUUACUACUGGAAAAAUUCCAUUUUAAGGAUUUAACCAAAUUUCGCCGUUUUUUAAACGUCAAAAACCAAAUGAAUACUAACAAAAAAUUGAUAAAACCCAAGAUGAUGGUUCUGCAUAAAUUUCAUAAAUUACAACAGUCUGAACUAGAUGAAUUAUCGCGGUUCUUAUCGUGUGAGAGUCUGAAAUGGUUGGAAUUUUACAUCUGCCCCGAUGUCGUUCCACCAGUAGCAUGGAUUAAUCAGUUUAACAAUCUGGAAAAAUUGGUCUUGCCAGGUAAUAAGAAAAUUGAUGAUAAAUUUCUGAUACAGGUUUCCGGUCAUGUUAACAAUCUUAAAGUAUUGGACCUGCGAGCUUGUGACAAAGUUACAGAUUCUGGUAUCAUUGCGAUGGCGAUAAGAUGUCCACAAUUGCAGGCUUGUAAUUUAGGACGUCAUAGAAACAGUAGUAAUAUUACCAGUUUGGCAGUUGUCGCACUAGCAAGAAAUACAGAUGUUGAAACUUUAGGCAUGGCAGGUUGUAAGAUAACAGAUGCAGGGCUUUGGGAGUUAGCACAAUUAAGAGGCAGUCGAAUCAAAAGAUUAUCAUUAAACAAUUGUGAUCUGUUGACAAACCAUUCCAUUCCAACUCUAUUAGCUCUUAACUAUUUCCCUAAUUUAGCUGUAUUAGAAUUGAGACAUGUGGAUCAAAUAACAGAAGUGAAACAACUAGUCAAAUUUAAGCUCUGGAAAAGAUCUCAAAAUAUUCCUGUUUUGAUAGAAGGUUGUGAAAGAAUCACUAGACUGAUGUACGAUGAAGAAAAUCGCAUAAGAAAGUCCCACUCGCUAUUAGCAUUCGAGGAUAUGUCCACUUGGGUCAAUACCGAAAGUGAACUGUAG